CGUCACCGCUUCUCUGAAGACCCCGCCCAGCCCAACAGGAAGACAACAAGCUUCCAGGCGUUAAUACGAUGCACAUUCUCUGCUGUCGGUGCUAAUUACAUAUUUCAUUUUCGCCCAGUGGCGAACAAAUCAGUAAAAUGCCCUUAUUUGAUGGGUUGGGAAGUGGAGGAGAGAAGACCGCCAUCGUCAUUGACUUAGGAGCAGCGUACACAAAAUGUGGCUUUGCAGGGGAAACGGGGCCCAGGUUCAUAAUUCCGAGCGAGAUCCGGAAACCGGGGCAACAGCAGGCCAUCAAAGUGGUUCAGUACAACAUCAACACAGAAGAGCUUUAUGUCAUCCUCAAAGAGUUUAUCCACAUUCUGUACUUCAGACACCUGCUGGUGAACCCUCGCGACAGAAGAGUGGUCAUCAUCGAGUCCAUCCUCUGCCCGUCCCACUUCAGGGAGACGCUCACCAAGGUCUUCUUCAAACAGUUUGAGGUUCCCUCUGUGCUGUUUGCUCCAAGUCACCUCAUGGCCAUCAUGACUUUGGGCAUCAACUCUGCACUGGUGAUGGACUGUGGACACACAGAGACACUGGUGCUGCCUGUGUAUGAGUGCACUCCUAUUCUUCCAGCGUGGGAGGCUUUGCCACUAGGAGGGAAAGCCAUCCAUAAAGAACUGGACGGCCUCCUUGUGGAGCAGUGCACCGUGGACACCGACACCACCACCGGACAGAGUGUACCAGCUGUCAUCGGGACCAUCCCAGAAGAGACCGUGGAGGACAUCAAGGUGAGAACAUGUUUUGUAAGCGACCUGCAGCGAGGCCUCAAGAUCCAGGAAGCCAAAUUUAACCUGGACGGUACAGCAGAGCGUCCUGCUCCUCCUCCAGAUGUUGAUUAUCCUCUGGAUGGGGAGAAAAUUCUGCAUGUCAAAGGAUCCAUCAGGGACUCUGUGAUGGAGAUCCUGUUUGAGCAGGACAACGAAGAGAAAAGCGUGGCCUCCCUGAUACUUGACGCUUUAGUCAAGUGCCCCAUCGACACCCGUAAAGUCCUGUCAGAGAACCUGGUGGUGAUCGGAGGCACCGCCAUGCUGCCCGGCUUCCUGCACCGGCUGCUGGCUGAGAUACGCCUCCUGGUGGAGAAACCCAGAUACAGCGACGUGUUGGCCAGCAAGAGCUUCCGUAUCCACGCCCCUCCGGCCAAACCCAACUGCACCGCCUGGCUCGGAGGCGCCAUCUUCGGGGCCCUUCAGGACAUCCUGGGCAGCAGGUCGGUGUCCAGGGAUUACUACAACCAGACGGGUCGCAUCCCAGACUGGUGCUGCCUGAGCUCUCCUCCUCCUGAGUCUUUGUACGAAGCAGGAAAAACUCCACCUCCUCUGAUGAAGAGAGCGUUCUCCACGGAGAAGUAGAGCACGCCGUAACGCGCUUCAGUAAUCUUUCAUGAGACGUCUCUACUCUUGUCGGUUUAAUGUGUUAACUACGCAAACAGCUCCAGAUGUGUGUAGUGUUGAGUCGUUAACUUUCUGUUUUUCUGUGUAUCGCGGUCCGUUUGAGCAGACAGUCGGGUUAUAGGCUGUUGCAUUAAUGUUGCACGAGAAAUAUUGCAGUGUUAAAACUUUGAAACGUGCUACGUGCAGCGACGACUGCAUCCGUACAUGAUUCCUGUCACUCUACUUCUGUAUUCUGGUUCGGCAGAAAUCAUUCAGAUGAACUUGGUCAUCUGUUAAUCAGCAAACUGACAGAAAAUGUUGCUCAACUCUGGAGAAGCUGACGUUACUUCAGUGUGACUUGUAGCUCUUACUAUCAUUCCCCGUGGAGUUUUCAGAGAAGAAAAACUGUUGCAUUUAUUUAUUGUCUGUUCUUAGCUGUGUGAAGUGACUUUAAAUGCACACACUCAAAGGUUUUCUCCUUGUCUGGUUUGAGGCUACGUUCGCGCUAAUAUGCUUUCUUUUUAAAAUGAAAAACUUGUGCUACUUACCGUCCACGCCGCGUUGCCACAUGCUGAGCCCACUAGUGUGUUAAUGCGUGGAAAUUUUGCCACAUAGCAACCCCUUAUCAUAUCAGGAUGUGAUCACACACUGCUGAAAACUGGUCUUUUACACGGGAUUUAUCCAACAGUUUGGGUGAUGAUUAGCUUAGCUUAGUAGAAUGACAGAAAGCAGGGAGAAUGUUGACUCUGGAUACAGAUCACAGCGGGUUUUUUCCCCCGUAUAGCAGAGUGAUUGGACAAUAAGGUGUAGUCAGACUAUUCUGCAGCACCCAAACACUGCUGACUAUGCAGACUGGUACCACUGACACUAAUACAUUUAUAUCUUAAAAUGCACAAUUUCUGCUUUGUUUACGCCGAGCAACCACACUACUCCAGCAUUUUUUCACCCUAAAGUGAAGACUUUUGGAAACAUUACUCACCUUAUUGUUUAUUGGAAAGCUUUGUUGUGUUUUAAUCCUGACGGGCAGAAAAUGAGGAAACAAUGACGCAGGUUUUACUGUCGCAACAUGUUCCUUAAUUCGCCAUGCUCCUAAACACAAAGACAUCAGCCUCAACUAGCAUCAGUUAAUUCAACAUAUUGAUAUAUUUCAGAUGUUUGCUGACCUCUUUGUCUCUUUUUUUUAGACCUGCAUGAUCAGUGAAGAGGUGAUUUUUAGCCGUGUUAGUGUGCACAAUAUGCCGUUUUAAAAUGAAAUCAUGUUAAUGGGACCGUAGCCUCAUUUAAAAGACAAACAAGCGUGCGUGUUGUCCUGCUCCUACAGGUGCAUUUAGAUGGUUAUUCAGUCACCAUGUGUCCUAACGAGAGAGAUAAUCAUAAAAUAACUGGGAAUACCUUUGUGUUUGUGUAGUUUAAGAUAAUUUAAAACACUCUUCAAACAGAAAUCUUGCUCUGUAACAUACAAAAGCUGUCAUUACAACAAAUAAACAUUCACAAUUCUGA